CUUCUAACUAAGUCUAACCUAAUGCUUACUUCUAACAGUAAUAAUUCUUAACAUUGCCUCACAUUAAUUUUACAGGUGAGCUGGAGUAAAGAAGGUGGAGUGGUGUACUUUGGUGAUACACAAGGACAUGUACUUACCCUUAUGUUCCAACUCCGAGACACCAGAGCCAGAGGCCUCAAGAGAUGGUUCUCCAUUGUAGUGCUCAUGAAGGAUAAGAUGUUCUUGUUGAAUAUCACUCCUGUACUUUCUGAACAUAUGCAGAAAAUAGCCAAGGAACUGCAAGAUUUAGCAGAUAUUGUGUACAAUGAAGAACAAAAAGUGUGUUCACAAAGAGCCCUCAGACUUAGAACUGGAAGAAAUGACUUUGGACAGUCUAGAUCCCUUAUACAACUAACUGGUGAAGAAAACAUUUUUAAAAAACUACAUUCACACUUUACAUACAUGUUAAAAGCUGGUGCUCUAGUUUAUUCAGAAACUCAAUAUACUAGUCUAGAUUUAUUGCAAAAGCUGAACCCUAAGACUGACAAAGGAAUAUUCGAGGCAAAUGCCUGCUCUGUAAAAGAGGAGGGAAUGCCAUUAAGAGCUAUUGAGAACUUGUUAAGCAAACCUGUGUUUCGGGUACUCAUGUAUUGUAUUUUGACUGGAACUCAUAUUAUCAUAAAGCCUACAAACACUAACGUAGCAUACUUGAUAAAGGGCUUAGCAAGACUACUACCAAUAUCUGAAAACGAAAAUAUUCCUAACCUCAGAACAACUGUGGAGAAUGUGGUACCAUCAGCAGGACUAUGCAUCAUUGAAGAGAUGGAGAAUAGUAACUUUUGUUAUAAAUGGCCUGGGAUAUUACCUAUCAAAUGUCCAACAAUAAUUAAUAGAAUAGAAGGUGCAAUAGAAAAUCCAAAGUUUAACGACACAGUUUUACAUCAAUAUGUUAUGUCAUUGAAUUUAGAAUGGCUAGGAAUAGCAAAAGCUGUGAAGUCUGCCACGGAAGCAUCAGGUGCUAAAUCGGAGGCUAUAACAAGGUUAAAACAAGCUCUCGGAGUCAGUCCACAGGACGACUUACUUGUCAAUUUCUGGAUAUCUACUUAUUGUAAUUAA